AUGGAGCCUGUGGAACGGAAGCCCGAGGCCGGCUUCCCCGUCUAUCGCAACAUGCCCUCCACGCAGCAGCAAGCUUCUGGAGAGCUACCCCGCUUGAAGGCCACGCCGCAUGACGAGCUCCACGACCUUCUUUGCGUCGGAUUCGGUCCCGCCUCCCUGGCAAUCGGCAUUGCGCUUCACGAUGCUCUGGACCCGUGCUUGAAUAAGUCGGCCCCGGCUGACUGGCAACCCAAGGUCUGCUUCCUCGAGCGACAGAAACAGUUCGCAUGGCACUCCGGUAUGCUCGUUCCGGGCUCUAGGAUGCAGAUCUCGUUUAUCAAGGAUUUGGCCACCCUCCGCGAUCCUCGCAGUAGCUUCACCUUCCUCAACUACCUUCACCAGAAAGACCGUCUGAUCCAUUUCACCAACCUGAGCACCUUCCUUCCCGCUCGGAUGGAAUUCGAAGACUACAUGCGCUGGUGCGCGUCACGAUUCUCCGACGUCGUGAGCUACGGAGAGGAGGUGGUCGAGGUGGUUCCUGGCAAAACCGACCCCAACAGCUCGGUUGUCGACUUCUUCACGGUGAAGUCGCGGAACGUCGAGACUGGCGCCAUCACAUCGAGAAGCGCUCGUAAGGUGGUUGUCGCCAUCGGAGGUACCGCCAAGAUCCCUCCAGGUCUCCCCCAGGACCCCCGAAUCAUGCAUUCUUCCAAGUACUGCACUACCCUGCCCUCUCUACUGAACGACGACCGCCAGGCGUACAACAUCGCGGUCCUGGGAAGUGGCCAGAGUGCCGCCGAGAUCUUCCACGACCUUCAGAAGCGGUACCCCAAGUCGAGGACCACGCUGAUCAUGAGGGACACUGCCAUGCGUCCCAGUGACGAUUCUCCUUUUGUCAACGAAAUCUUUAAUCCCGAGCGAGUCGAUAAAUUCUACCACCAAUCGCCCGCCGAACGCCAGCGAUCCCUUGCCGCUGAUAAGGCCACCAACUACAGCGUUGUCCGGCUCGAGCUGAUCGAGGAGAUUUACAACGAGAUGUACCUCCAGCGAGUUAAGAACCCCGACGAGACGCAAUGGCAGCACCGCAUUUUGCCCAACCGCAAAAUUACGCGAGUCGAACACUACGGACCCAAGAGCCGGAUGCGCCUUCACCUGAAGUCCGCCAAGGACGAGACGGAGAGUGCGGUGAGCGAAGGCAAGGAAACGCUGGAGGUCGACGCCCUUAUGGUGGCAACGGGAUAUUUCCGCAACGCGCACGAGCAGCUCCUGCAAAAUGUGCAACAUCUGCGCCCUGUGGGCCAGGAAGGGUGGAACCCGAGCCGGGAUUAUCGGGUCGACCUAGACCCCAGCAAGGUUGCCGCGCAGGCCGGGAUCUGGCUGCAAGGCUCCAACGAGAAAACGCAUGGCCUGAGUGACAGUCUUCUGUCGGUUCUGGCCGCUCGCGGCGGAGAGAUGGUGAGCUCGCUCUUUGGAAGUCAGCUUGCGGACGGGGUGGUGCAGGACACGCCCAAGUUCCGCGCUAUGCUCUAA